AUGACGACGAGUCUACGGAAAUGGCGAAUCCCUCUAAGGCUCAUCAAGAGCUACGACAUCGUUUUUAAUUGUAGCCGGCGCCUAUUGCACGAAGGCCCGGAUACCAUCGAGGAGCUUCUGGACAGGCACAUAGUGAAGAAAGAGAAACACCUCGACGAUGAGGAGGAGGAGUUGCUGAAUCGGCGGCGACUCACCAGCACUCGGCGGGAGGCACUGGGCCUGUAUCGUGACAUUAUCAGGGCGACUCGUUUCUUCAUGUGGCCGGACUCUCGGGGCGUGCUUUGGCGAGAUGUCCUGAGAGAGAACGCGAGGAAGGAGUUCGAGGAGGCCCGGUUCGAGACGGAUCCGGAAAUUAUUACCCGAUUGCUCAUCGGUGGGCAUGAUGCUGUGCAGUCGGCUAUAGAUAAGCUCGCCGAGAAGCAGAGGCAGCAGAUUCAGAAGGAGCGAGGCGGUGGAGAUUAA